GCAUUUGCGAGCUGUUUUAUUCAAUUUCUUUGCAAUCACAGUAUUUUGAAGAGAGAAGCAAAAAUGUCUGGAAGGGGAAAGGGCGGCAAGGGUUUGGGCAAAGGAGGCGCCAAAAGGCACAGGAAAGUCCUCCGAGAUAACAUCCAGGGCAUAACUAAGCCUGCCAUUAGACGUCUGGCCAGGAGAGGGGGCGUUAAGCGUAUCAGCGGCCUCAUUUAUGAGGAAACCAGGGGUGUACUAAAAAUCUUUCUGGAGAAUGUGAUCAGGGAUGCUGUUACAUAUACUGAACACGCACGCCGCAAGACUGUGACCGCCAUGGAUGUAGUUUAUGCUCUCAAGAGGCAGGGCAGGACAUUGUACGGCUUCGGCGGUUAAAUGCUGCUGAGAUUAAAGUUUUAACGGUGUUUUUGGAACACCACAUGCGCAAUGGAAUCGCAUUUGAUGCCCUCAGAGCUGAGAACUUUGUUAAACUAUGUCUGCUUUUUUUUCUUUUUUUGUUGGCUGUAUGUAAUAAUUGUUUAUUUGAUUGUAAUAUGUCAAAUUUUAUUGAAUUUGAUGUUUUUGGAUUUCAGUGAUGUAAAAAAAGAUUGUCGCAAUAUGUUUGUGAGAGAAUGGUGGAUGACACUCACAGUAUCUGGUGCAAAUUAAUUCAGACGAAGACCCUCAUUUAAGUUUC